CGUCUGUGCAAGAAAAUACGCGAAUGGCGCGUACUUACUUCAGAAAUGGUGCAACACCAGCGUGAAACGUGCAAGAGAUACAUUAUAUAAAGAAACGAGGAUAAAAUUUGAAAAAAAGCAGUGUCAUUAUCCAAAUGCCUUAAAAAACGAAUCUUCCUUGGAGCAAACAUCGUUUAAAAGCCAAGAUAUAAGGAGAGAGUGCAUCGAGAAUCAAUUCAACAGUAAGCGGCUGAACGAUCGGAAGGAAGAGGUUAUGGCGAAACACUUGGUGCAAAUAAUUGUAAUGGGCACGCAAGUCGUUGUCAAAGCGUUUGCACGUGCAUUACGACAAGAAAUCGCAGCGAGUCAAGCGGCUGCACGUAAAACGGGCGGCGGUGUACGAGGUACGCAACAUGUUGCGACCAAUUACAAAACCGGUAUUUCCUUAGAGGAAGCGCUACAAAUUUUAAACGUUGAUCGCGUGGAUCAAAUAGACACUAUCGAACGUAAUUAUAAGUAUCUCAUGGAAGUUAAUGAUAGAUCGAAAGGUGGUUCUUUUUAUAUUCAGUCGAAAGUUGUACGCGCCAAAGAACGUAUCGAUGAGGAACUGAAGAAUGUGAAGGUCCCACCAAAGACGGAUGAUUCCGUUCGACAAGAAACGUCGAAACAGCCUUAAUACAUUCUUGUAUUAGUCUAAAUUUAAUUCUCAGAUCUCCCUCUGUAUAUAAAUCUAACAACAUUUUAAUCAUAAAUAAAUAGUAUAAAGCAUUGAAUGGACAAAAUUUAGCAUAGCUAUAUUUUAUUACUAUUUAAAGCUUAUAUAGUAUCAAAAUAAAAGGAGAUAUUAUUUAAAUCAUA